AUGGAAUCAAGUACCAAAUUCCGCGGCGGCACGUGGCAGCGCUACAAGCUUGGACAGGCACAGUUCACAAAGUGGCUCAGGCAAACGGCAGAUAAAUUUACUUCCGCAACAAGCACAACAGGCGGCGUGGCUUCAUCUUCAAGCCCACACAAGAAAGCACUGAAGGCGGCAUCUAAGGCAGCCAUCGACAGCGAUGUCGUUGUGCACUGGCGUGAGCUGGAGACGAUGGCGUCUAACAUCGUCGAACUCGCCAAGCCCGAGGACAUCCCCAGUGCACCUGUCAACAUCUUACGGGAUGUCAUCGGGCUGAGGAAGAAGAGCGCCAGGUUUUUCCGUCGCAGCACUGAAGACGACAAUGAGAGUGCGCGGGAGAAGAAUGCCACGCAUGAGCAUGUCAUCAAGGUUCUGGAGAGAGUCUUGGGCAAGUUCGAAGCCCUGAUGGCCAAGGGAACCAAAUCAGCGGAUGCGAGGUCAAGCGAUCGUAUCAAAAUGGAUCUGGCUGAUCUCAACAACAUGUUUGAGAAUCUCGAGCUGCAAACAUCGCCGGCUGACGACGAUGUGGCCUCCGACAUCGAGAAUCAGCCUGAAAGUUCUGUCCCAACCCGGAAGACCACGAAGAAGUCAAAGAAGGGAGGCAAGAAGCUACAGAAGGGCGGUAAGCCCAAGAAGCAACAAAAGCCGCAAUCACAGCCUCAAGAGCCACGGGACGCAUUCUGGCUCGAUGGUUCAGAGUUCGAUCUGGACUACGACGAUGGAGAUAAGGAGUUCGACUACUACAUGAUGAUGUACUGUUUCUUCGAAGACUUCAACAUCAUCCGUUCCUACAUCUGCGAGCGGUGGUGCGACUACUUCUACGACCGGUCCAUCUCUCUCAACACCCUCGCGGUUAUUACCAACGCUGCCUUCGAGCUCUUCCACCAGAUGGAACACCACCUCCUCCUGGACAUGCAGCGAAUGGGAACGCGGGGCCGCACUUUCGGAUCGUAUGAGUUCAUGAUGAUGGGGCUAUUCACCGAGUCUGGGCUAGAACACGUCGAUUAUGAUUCUUACAGGAACUUGUCCAAAGAGGACUCCGACGCACGCAUGUGGACCGACGAAUGGGACUGGCUGGCCAGUCCGGCGUUUGUCGCCAUCCGAGGCAUCCUAAGCCACAUCCUACCUGGCAAAACGCCAAUGAUGAGGAAGGCUGACAAGACCCCGCCGACUUACGGUGUGACCAACACCGAUGACUUGGCCCGCUUCAACGAGACCUGUAUCAACGAACUCUUGUUUGAUGUUGUAUGCGUCAAAGCGCUCAAGACAAAGGGCCUGGCACCAGCCUUGCUGCCGGCUGAGUCGGAGCUCCUGCUGGGCUUCCAGGAUGCCCUCCGGAACAAUAAUUUCACCUCUGCGUUCAUCUUCUCGGUGCAGCUUUACUGCGAUAUCCGAUACAUCCUGGAGGACCGCGUCUCCCACCCGUUUGAACAGCUGCAGAAGACCACGCAGCAGUUUGACCAGGGCUUUGACCUGGUCUACACGAGGGCAGUUGGUCCAAGAUCCAGCCUCCGCUGGGAACUUCGGCAACGGAGGAAGGAGUUCGACCGGUUUAUUCUGUCAGACGUCGUCCUGGAGGACAAGCUGCCACGCUAUAUCAUCGCUGGUCUGGACAGGGAGGAUCUUGAUGAUUUCUUUCUGCUCAAGCACGAGCCGGUCUGGGCUGGUCUGCUUGACCUCAGGGUCAGACUUGUCACGAACGAGCUGGGCCACGAAUUUGUGCACCUGUCAUUCAUCGUCGAGGCUGCUGCCUACCUGUAUGCUGCUGCGCGUGCGGCGUCAAAGCAAUUUUCCGAGCAGCAGGAAUUCCCUGUUUGGGACCACAUGGAAAUGUUCCUCGAUACCUACGUCGACGACAGCCCCUUCAAGCGGGGCAUCUUGGACGGCGGAGACGACCCCGUCAAAAUCAUCAAGAAUUUCAAGGCCAUCAUGCCUGCCAACGUCUUGGUGCCCAAGCCGGACAAUUGUCCCUUGGACGAUGGAAGCGACCGAACUCCAGACUUCAAGCAGGCCGUCCGCGUCCGCCAGCUGCUUUCGAAGCGGUAUACGAGCUCUGACAGGGAGAACAUGUUUUUCAUGGAAUACAUGCAAGGCCUCAUCCGCGAACGCCUCGAGCACGAGGUGGAGAACAUAGAGUCUGAAGAAGACCUGUCUACGGUACUGCAAGACAUCAGUGCUAACAAGUUCGGCGGCCAGCCCCAUUCUCAGGGAGUUCUCCCCAAGGAGCGACGUGAGCUGGCCCGGGAGAGGAUUAAGCUGAAGCAGAUGCAGCAUAAGCGCAAGGCGAUGCUGGCGCAGCUCUCUCCUAUCCAGCAGAUCCAUAUCCUGGAGAAUAUUGUCGAAGAACAGGUGGAAGACUUGCUGGCGCUUGACUUCAUGACGCUUUUCGACAUGAGUUGGGUUGUCUUGUAUUUCGUCGCUAGGAACCAGCGCAGGUCUAUGAGAGACAAAUGCGGGUUCACUACCAGCUCCAUCGCAAGCUUUGAGACGGCGGCCAACUUGCCUCUAAUCAUUGGUGAUCAUUUGACAGCUAAACCGGCAAGAAACGCGAAGCUGCUGUGGAACCUGGCACAGGACGUCAGAGGGAUCCUCGAGAAGCCUGAGGGGGCGGAGGCUUUGUUUGGACUACCGGAUGAUGAAUUUGCCGAACUGAUUGAGGACAGGGCACCACUAGGUCGGCAAUAA